AUGUCUCCAUCGCAGUCACUUGACGACGGCAAACCGUCUUCUAAGCCGUUCUCUCUAUCGCUCUCAGGCUCCUCUACACCAAAUGGACAGUCGAAGAAGACUGCAUUCAAUUUGCAGCCCUCGCGAGGACCCCCUCCGCCGAGCCGCUCACUUGCGCGACGCCCACACCAUCUUCACGACGAUGAGUCCGACGAGGAAGAACGCCCACCGGCCUUUGAAACCGUAUCGGGCUUCGACACCCUCACCGGAACCGCUCUAGCUGCUGACGGCAGAGCUGUGGACAAUAUGAAGCGCGAGCUCGUCAUCCCCGUGACGAGCAAAAACAACUGGCGUGACCGGCCGGGGACGAACACAAGGCCGCGGGGGAAAAACUUACUUCCCAAGGAGGUGCAGGCGAUGCAGGAGGCUGAGAAGCGGGGGCAAACGGUGGGCGAGAACCAUGAGACGGACCGUCCGAACAUGUCCUACGGACUUAGCUUUGCGAAGCCGGCAGCAGUGGUUGAGGAGGGGAAAGCAGGCGAGGAUCAAACGAUGAAAGACGCCGGGCCGCUUGUACCUCCUGUUACAGACGAGCGCAAGCCCAUGACGCAGGACGAGAUUGCGCUACAGGCGCUGAUCCGUGAGAGUAAUGGGGACACGGAACGGCGGUCGGACUUGGUCAUCGAGAGUGCCCCGGGGCAGGCGGGUACGGAGUCUGGGGGGCGAUAUGACGAGACGGGCUCAUUCCGUGCGGAUGUGGCUUCGCGACCCGAGUCUGCGAGUCUGGAUCAAUACAAUGCCAUCCCGGUGGAAGAAUUUGGAGCUGCACUCUUGCGGGGAAUGGGUUGGAAGGAGGGCCAGUCUAUCGGCAGAGGAAAGUACGGCACAUCCGCUACAGAUGACCGAUCUCAGAAGGCGCGGAUUCCUGAGCGCCGACCGGGCUUUCUGGGUAUUGGAGCGAAGGAUGCAUCCGGCGGCAAAGGUGCGGAGGCCGAGCUUGGUGCUUGGGGGAAGGCGGCGAUGCGCAAGGGUGCUAGAAAGGCAGGGGAGAACCAAGGGGGUGAAGGCAAUACGGAGGGUGUUUACAUGCCCGUUCUCAUGCGCAACAAGCAGACCGGUGAAUACAUCACGGAGGAAGAGCUCGCAGCCUUGAAGAAAGAAGCCAGAACGAAAAAGGAUGAUGACGACUGGCGUGAACGCCGAGAUCGCAAUCUUGAGAAAAGCGGACGGGACAAAGAUCGAGACAGAGAGCAUCGGCGACGAGACUACGAUGAUGUUGAUAGCAGCGAUCGAUAUGGCCGACGGAGAACAGGAGCGUCGCGGAGAGAAAGGAGUUCGUCGACAAGCGAUCGGCAUUCCAGGCGACGGAAGUACGAGGAUGAAGAUGGCAGCGCGCGAGAUGAUCUCUACUACCGGGAAAGGGAUAGAGAUAGGGACAGGCGCGAUCGCGACUGGGAAAAAGAACGAGACAGGGAUCGAAGCCGUGAUAGGAGCAGUAAACACCGAGAUGAUGACCGAUAUAACUCAAGGCAUUCGUCCUCCCACACGUCUAGCAGGCAUGGACGUGAUCGCGAUCGAGAAAGCGAUCGCGAUUCUCAUAGGAGACGGAGGCGUGAUGACCGAUGA